UCCGACGAAAACAGAAAACCAACCACCACCACCGGUCAGCGAAUCAAGAUGGCAGCGACCAUAAAGCAAGUGCCUUUAAGUUGCAGUGGUCACACACGACCUGUUGUCCAUCUUGCAUUCAGUAAGAUCACUCCAUAUGGUUACUUUCUAAUCAGUGCCUCAAAAGAUGGCAAGCCAAUGUUGCGUCAAGGUGACACAGGCGACUGGAUUGGGACCUUUGAAGGCCACAAAGGAGCUGUUUGGAGUGCAACCCUAAACGCUGAGGCAACAAGAGCUGCCACUGGUGCUGGUGACUUCUCUGCGAAAGUUUGGGAUUCUGUUGGUGGUUCAGAACUGCAUAACUUUUCUCAUAAGCAUAUUGUCAAGGCAGUUGACUUUUCAAGGGAUACUAGGUUAUUACUUACUGGUAGCAAUGAAAAGCUACUAAGAAUCUUCGACUUGAGUCAACCAGAGUCAGAUCCUGAAAUAUUGGCAGGGCAUGAGGGCAGUAUUCGUCAUGCUCUCUGGUGUGCAGACAAUAAACGUAUUAUUACUGCCGGAGAAGACAAGACUGUAAGAGUAUGGGAUGUUAGCAAUAAAUGUGUGAUCAACAAGAUAGAUUUUGAAAGUUCAUCACUCAGCCUGGAACUGUCUCAGGAUGAUUCUAUCCUUGUGGUCACUCACAAGAACACCAUCAGUUUUUACAACACAGAGAACUUUACAAAAAUAAAGGAAUUGACAGUUCCAGCUCAGGUUUAUUCUGCAUCGCUGCAUCCAGACAAGACCUGUGUAGUGGCUGGUGGAGAGGACUUCAAGCUCUACAAGCUGGACUACGAUACCGGUGCCGAAUUAGAAAGCUACAAGGGUCACUUUGGUCCUGUGCAUUGUGUGCGUUACAGCCCUGAUGGCGAGCUGUAUGCCAGUGGGUCUGAGGAUGGAACCCUUCGUCUUUGGCAGAAUACUGUCGGCAAGACCUAUGGUUUAUGGAGAUGCAUUGAAGAUAACAACACCAGUGACCCAAGUGUAGCCUUAUCCUCCACCCCACCUUCAGUGAAGGCAGAAGCCUGAAGACAGAAAAGCUUAAGCCUACAGCUAGAUGGGUAGCUGGAUAAGGUUGUCUAAAUGCUAGGCCUUCAUCGAGGGAAUUGUUUUUGUUGUUUUAUUUCAAGAGAUACAAAAUUACAAAACAUUAUAGUACCGCUUCGCAAUAUUUGAGACGAUAAAUGCCUGGCAUUUUUUAUGUUGAUAUCAUUUAUCCUAUAAUGAACACAUAAACAAACUUGCAGUUAUUAUGCCCACUCCAAUUUUGCAUUCAAUAGUCAUCAAUAAUUGCAUUAAUAAGUACACAUAAAUGGAAAAACAAUUUAUUGUAGAUUUUAGUUGGUACAAGGAAGAGGUUUUAAAAACCAUCUAAAGUUAUUGUUAUUAAUGUUAUAUUUUGCGUACAUCAAUUCUAGUAUAAGAUGCUAGAAAAAUUUUUUUUAAUUAAAAAAAAUUAUACAGAAGUACCCCAAUCAAUUUUAUACAUUAUGAUAAUUUACUUCUAUUAUUUUAAUUUUGUAAAUCAUCCACCUAAAUUUGUCAAAAUAUUUAUGGUAGACAGAAGUACCCAAAUUGGUAUGUUUGUUUCGCCAUUGAUUUUAUACAUUAUAAUAAUUAUUUAAUUUUAUUAUUUUUGUAAGUCCUACACCUAAACUUGUCAACAAAAUAGGUAUGUUAGAAAUAAACAAAAUACAUGAUAUUAAAUACUGUAUAACAAUUAAUCUGUCAUUUAAUUGUGUACUAUAUGUACGUUGAAAAAUAUGUCUCAUUGAUUUGAAAAAAAAAA